AUGUAUAUUUUGGGCAUUAUGUACGUAAGAUUAGGUUUACAGCAUAGGUUAAAAUACCUGAUCAUGAUAAAUGAAAGCCAGAUGCUUUUUUACCAUGAGGCAAUCAACCUAGCUAUGUGUAAAAACUCGACCAGAAUUCUAUGCAUGGCUGCCGUCAUAAUCGCCAUUGUAUUCAUUAAUACCGAGGUUUGCGAGUCAAUGCCGGCACCGGAAGGAGACGUCUCGGCGCUCGACACAUACGGCUGUCCUCUCGACAGUCUGUGCAAAAAGCACUGCAUUAAUGAAGCGCACGCCAGGACUGGCCAGUGUGACGGACCCUUCAAGAAAAACUGUCAUUGUAUCGGAUACUCCAAUAAAUAA